UCGUAUACUUUAAAAAAGCUCCCCUUUCAAGUGGCCAGCCACUGUGAAAAAGAAGACUGUUCAUUCUGACAGCCCACAGUGGUACUGGAACCCCUCUCAGAGAUUACACUUUAGAGCCAUGAGCGAGGGAAAAGGAACCGGAGCUACUGGUGAUAACAGCAAAACAUCUGCAGGACAAGAUGAUUCCAAGAAGGACGUCCCUGAGGAUUUUGACAUCGACAUGGGCGCGCCAGAGACUGAGAAAGCCGCUGUCGCCAUCCAAUCCCAGUUCAGGAAGUUCCAGAAGAAGAAGCAGGAUGACAAGUCCUAGUAGCUGCUCACCAGCACAGCUUCCUGGGGCUGGAGAAUGUCGCAGCAUCUUGGUGGUGCAUGUUUAAGAAAUGACACCAUACAGACUUUAGGGAGUAAGCAAUGCAUUAACAUUUCAAACAGUGAGGUGUCUGUGAAAUAUCUGUAUGUAGCCUAUGAUUUGAUUGCUGUAUCAAUAAAUGAUAAAGUUAUGGAUUAUCAUUCGGUUUCUUAUAUUUAUUUAUUUUCAGUGUAUUUCUUCACGUGGUGAUGUGUUUGUCUUUCACACUGUGCAUGCAGACUUGUAAAUUAAAUGGGUCAAGUUCUGUAGCAUGUUGAGAUUUUUCUGUCAUCUCGGUUGUGCUUCUCUUAUGGUUGAUUAAAACAGCAUAUCAUAUUUGUGUUACGUUAUUUCUUCAAAUCCAAUGUUUUGUCUUUUGUACCGAAGAUCAUCUCUUUCCUUGAGGCGUGAUCAUUUCCUGAAAGACUUUGGUAUUAAAGAAAAAAAAACAACAACAAAAAAAAAUUGGAUUUAAUAAAGUAACUUGUGUUUGUCUUUUUUUAUGUUCCAGUCUUCGUAAGAGCACAUAACUUUUUUGGCUGUAAUAAAAUACUUUUUAAUGGU